CAGUUAAGAUGCCCCUGGCAUAUGCAAAGGCUAUACGGCUGCUUGAGGAUGAGGCGGAGGGUCAGCGCCAGCGCAAGCCCUCUCCCACAGAAUCCUGUUUGAUAUAUAAUGCCUGCGACCGGGUGGUUUCGACAACAAUCCACAGCCCAAUCUAUACGCCGCAGUAUGAUACCUCUGCGAUGGAUGGCUUUGCGCUAAGCGCGGCAGCAACAGAACACGCCUGUGCUGAAGCCCCAGUCACUUUCGAAGUCACAGCCACGACGACUGCUGGGGAUCAGCCGCAUUCAACGGGGGGCGAUCUCAGGGAUGGAGUCCCCCCUUGCGUGGAGAUCAUGACAGGGGCUCCAUUUCCCCUUGGUUUGGAUCGAGACUGGUAUGAUUGCUGUGUGCCUGUUGAGGAUGUCGUCGUAAGCGAGAACAAAUUCUCGACUCGGCGGUAUAUUGAAGUGUAUAAGCCUGCCAGACACUUCCAGCAUAGGAGGUUCGCUGGAGGGGACUUCAGCAAGAGGGACGUCAUUAUUGAAGCUGGAGAGAGUGUGCUGCCGCAGCAUGUUAUGGCCCUGGCAUCGGUUGGCGUCAGGCACAUUCCAGUCCUGCGCAGGCCUCGAGUGGCUGUUUUCUCGACAGGCUCUGAGCUUUUCUCGCCGGAUGCACUCAGCCAGCCUCAUGACUUUAUGAUACAUGACGCCAAUGGACCGUAUCUGAUGACGAUGCUGCGGAAAUGGGGGGUUGAUGUUGACUUUCGCGGCGUCGUCCGGGACAGCCCAGAGGCCAUGCAGGAUGCCAUUUCAACGGUCCUGGACGAGUAUGAUAUUAUUGUAACCACCGGAGCAGUAUCUGCCGGUCGCUGCGAUUUCAUUCCCGGGCUAGUGAACAGCAUUGGCGGACGGACUGUUUUCCACAAGGCUGCUGUGAAGCCAGGCCAUCCGAUUCUGUUCUCGAUGCUUCCCAGUAGUGGACGCGAGACCGCAUUCUUCGGGCUGCCAGGGAAUCCUGUCGCCGCUGCUGCGUGCCUUCGCUUCUUUGUUUUGCGAUACCUGCAGACGCUGCAGUUGCAAACGGCUGAAAGGCCGCACACAGUCGCUCUCGAACUGUCGGAUCCACAUACAAACGGGCUCUCGCGGUGUGACAGUGCAAAGAGUCCAGUACUGUCAUUUCGCAAAGAUCCAGACAUAUUCCGACCGGGCAUAUUGAGCCCUGAUAGUGGGAAAGUGUGGAUCAUCGACGACCACAGCCCAGGCAAGACGAAGCCAUUCCUCUCUGCCAACUGCUGGGUCCAUAUUCCCAGGGGAGUGAGCGAGCUGGGCAAUGGCAGUGCAGUUGAUAUCUACCCAUGUUGAUCAUAUUUAACCAUAGCUAUGAACAUAAGUCCCAAUGUCCUGUGUAAUCGACGCGAUGUACUCGCUCAUCCGUAGAGCUCCCUCAUAUUCCGCUGGCGUGUUCACAUUGUAUAGACAGUUUUCGUCGUGG